UUGUGAGAAAACUGAGUUUUGUUGAGUCUCGUAAACUGGAAUGGGAAAUUAUCAUUGAGUAAAGAGUGAAGAUUCACUGGAACCGUCAAUUCAGCUCUUCACUGGAAACACCCCUUGAGGUCUGCACAUGAUGCAGGUGGGUGAGUUCAGUAGAACAACGUUCCUGCUUCCAGCUCCAGGAAAUGGAAAAUUUGCUCAGGUCUUGUUGGGUUUUAAUUGAAUUAGAUCUAAAACAGUGCUCUAAGAUUUUCUAUGCAAACAUUUAUGUUUCCCUUCCAAAAAACACUCUACAGAAGGCAGACAGCCUGCAGUGGCACAGGCUGGCCCUGUGGGAUCACGGGGCAGAAAUCCUCUUUGCCAUAAGCACUUGGACACAUCUGGUGACUCCCGCUCUCUUGCCAGAAUGGGAAGACCACAUCUGCCCCCUUCAACAGAGGCAGCUCAUGUAAUUCUGUGAGGGUAAUGUCCCAUCAAAGCACAUAGACCAGGAGUCCCGACCCACAAGAAGCACUGCCAGGAUUCGUCUCCAUCCCGAUCCCUGUGCCUACAGUCACCAGGUAGGGCCACCCCGCGCCGCUGCGGGAAGCUGAAGAAGGAGCAUAAGGAGUUCCUGGCAUUGCUCUCCUUGUUCACCAGAAAUCCGCUUUGCUUGCCCUCAGCUGUUGCGGGGGAAAGUUGGUCGACAGAAAUAAACAUUUAUUAUUGCCUCUAACAAAAGAUCUGAAGAGCUAGUUAGUGUGUUGUUCUUCCCCAAAAGAAUGAAAGGAGGAAAUGAUUCUGCGCUCCUCCAUGCAAUUCCCAUGUUAGUAGAUGUAUUUUAUUUGGACAGAUGACAGGCAUUAGUGAAUUGUUUCCUACUGAGACCACACAGAUGAGCAAAAGUAACUUAGAAAACAGUUAACCAAGAGAACAACGUAAUUGCACUGUUGUCAAACUCACUGGAAACCCCAGAAAUAUAUAUGGGAAGCCCAGUUGUCCUAAGGGAGUUAUUCAGGCCUAUUUAAUGCUCAGACUGUUUAAACAUGGAAAAAUUGGCCCUUGUCCCUCACUGUGAAGGUUUCUUCAUUGUCUUAUUUAAUAUUUUUGAUGUUGGCAAUGUAAUUAUGAGCAGGCAGGUUUAACCUGGCAGCACACAGCCACCUGUGAGCACGGAGAGGGGAGAAAUCCCACAGCCAACUGUAGAAAAAUGACUGCACAGACAGGAGUCAUGGAUGGAUCUGGGAUGGAUCUGCCCAUGUCAGGCAUUACUGUGCUUUCCUCUCAAACACAGACCCAACGUGUUGUUUUUCAUGUUGGCCAUUGAACACAGCCCUCAAACAGAGCACAGCUGCUCCUUCUGAGCAGGUUUAUAUGCUUCCCCUCAUCAGGAAAAGGUGGGUAUGGUUUGCUCUUGGAGAGCGAGGAGGUGAAUCACAGUGAGAAGAGAAACUGUGCCUGACUGCCUCAGCUGGGGUUUGGAAGAGAGGAGCCCCUCAUCUGAAGCUUUGCUGGGGGGACCAGAAGGCUGCAGAGAUUUUCCUCCACCAGAGCCGGGUGCUGGUGCAAGCUGGGGCUGAAGACACUUGGGUACAUGGAAGGAAGGAUGCAGGAGAAAAGUAAAGCAGAAGCUCCCCGUGAGGAACGCUUUCCCAUGUGCAGCACUCAGCUCCAACAGCUCAUGCAAUGGGGAGUGGUUGUAUUGGAAAGUGAACAUCAGAGGGCUUGUGUGCUGCACUGGUACUGCAGGCAGAGGGGAAGCUGCUUCCGAAGCUGAAGAGCUUUUUCACGCAGGCUGCAAACCCUUUAGGCUUUUAGGAAAAUUGCCUGAAAUUCUAUCUGUAAAGAGACAAGCAGAGCAGCGUGCUGGACCGAUGUGAUGUUUAUGUCAAGUAAGUGAGAGCUGAGCAUCUUUGUCACAGUGCCGGGAAGGAGCGCUUGGGGGGCAAGGGCAGUCAGGGCUGAGCGGGGCCGGCUGUUCCCCAUGUAGAUGUGCCAAGUCCAUACCCCACAUGGUGCUGGUGAGCAGGGAACGAGAUGGUUUUACAGCACUGAGCAUCCUGCGUUGAGAUUUGCUCUUACUAAGUGACGCUGCCAGAGCUGUGACCUCUGCCACAGUGCUCUGCUCUCCAGAAUGCUCCAAAAGCCCCAAGGCGUGCGUGGGGUCCUGGCAGCAAAGCAGCUCCUCCAGUGUGGGGCUGGUUCCCCUGCACCCAGAGUUCCCAUUGUCACUUAAUUGGACCAGAAGUCUGCUGACUUUGAGGGAGAGCUAAGGAACCACUUCAUGUCACGUUGGCAGUGAGCUGCUGGAUGAGAGCUGCCCUGGCUCUCCCCAAACCCCGCAGCCAGGCCCCCAGCCUCCAUCCCACUCCCAGAACGCCCCACAACUCUUUCCUUCCUCUCCCUAUCCCCAUCCUCACCCCUCACUGUGCAAGAUUCUGUGUCCGUUCCCCCCAUCUCUCCUCCCAUGUGUGUUUUUUGACACUGAGGUUUCUCACCUCUUGUCUUCUGAAAAAAGAAAUGUGUUGCCUACCAUGCUCUCAUCCUCCUCUGCUUUCUGUUCCACCAAACUUACAGAUUCUCUCCUUUUCUCCUCAUCCUCCUAAUGCCUGCCCAGCCCUGCAGUCCUGCCCAGUACAGCACUGAAACCCCACUGCUCGGAGGAGGGGAGGAACUGUAAGGCAACAGCUGAAAUACAACAGCUCUGCGGCAACUGCAGGAUAACCGAGUUUUCCAUCCUUAGACCUGAGAUCCCUCGCCAGCCACCCAGUGCCUCCCGACACGAGAUGACCACGCUCCCCAACAACUCACUGUGCCAACACGCCAUCGAUGACUUCCGAAACCGCGUGUACUCCACGCUGUACUCCAUGAUCAGCAUCAUGGGCUUUGUUGGCAACGGCGUCGUGCUGUUUGUGCUCAUCAGGACGUUCCGGCAGCGCACGGCCUUCCAGGUGUACAUGCUCAACCUGGCCGUGUCCGACUUCCUCUGCGUGUGCACGCUGCCGCUGCGCGUGGUCUACUACGUCCACCAAGGGAACUGGUUCUUCAGCGACAUCCUGUGCAGGCUCAGCUCCUACGCCUUGUACGUCAACCUCUACUGCAGCAUUUUCUUCAUGACUGCCAUGAGCUUCUUCCGCUGCAUAGCCAUCGUUUUUCCGGUUCAGAACAUGAGUUUGGUCACGGAGAGGAAGGCUAAAAUCGUGUGCGUCGGGAUCUGGAUUUUUGUUACCUUGACAAGCACUCCUUUUCUGCAGAAUGGGACUUAUCAACACGGCAACAAGACCAAGUGCUUCGAACCCCCAGAAGACGCCCAGAAGACCAAAGUGAUCGUGGCCCUGGAUUUUAUUGCCCUCUUCUUGGGUUUCAUCCUUCCCUUUAUCAUCAUAACCAUCUGCUACACCAUGAUCAUAAGGACCCUCCUGAAGAACUCCCUGAAGAAGAACCAGGCCAACCGCAAGAAGGCCGUCUGGAUGAUCAUCAUCGUGACGGCCACCUUCCUGGUGAGCUUCACCCCGUACCACGUCCUGCGCACCGUGCACCUGCACGUGCUGCGGCUGCGGCGCGCCAGCUGCGAGGACACGGCCUUCCUGCAGAAGUCGGUGGUGGUGACGCUGCCGCUGGCCGCCGCCAACUGCUGCUUCGACCCCUUGCUCUACUUCUUCUCGGGGGGCAACUUUCGGAAGAGGCUGACCACCUUCAGGAAGGCUUCCUCCUCCAGCAUCACGCAAGCCUUCAGGAAAAAGUUCUCCCUGAAGGAGAGAGACGAUGAACCCUUUGGGGAAAGCCAUAAGGAGAACGGGAGUGCCCCCGUGGUGGCUUCAUAACGCGGCGUGCCCUUCCCGUGGGAUCCCGGAUGGGAAUGGAGAUCUCUAAACUGUUCCAGGAGAUGUGAGCCUUCACUGAAUCCUAAAAUAGACGCUAAAUUAUUUACACGGCAGAGGUCAGGAUGAUUCCUGCUCUGCUCCCAGAUGCUUUUGCUUUGGACUUCAGUUUCAAAAUGCAGUGUGCAUGUGGGGCUCGCAGGAUCAGUGCCUGUGUCUGGAAAUCCCAGGUCGGGGCUCAUCCCCCUCGCCCACUCUGCAAGCAGCAGCCCUGGGUGCUGGGGCAGCACGUCUGCAGAGGCUGAGCAGCAGCAGCUUCGGUGGAAUUGCCCAUGAUGUGCAGCCUGGAUGCAUCUCCGGAGGCACAGUGGUGCCUUGCCGCUGCUGAGGGGUAAGGAUUGGAUGUGGUUCCUUCUGAAUUCCUAAAGAAACGUUCUUUGUGGGAGCACCUUCAAAGUUACGGUAGCCCAGCAUGUGCUUGAAAUGUAUUACAUUGUGUCUGGUCUUGUAAGUGAUGGCUGUGAGAUCCGGGUUAUCGCUCCGGUUCUUCAAGAGUUUUGCCUAAAAGUAGAGCUCUGGGUGCCCAGAGCCUGGAGCAGGAUCAGGCCCUUCUGAAGUACUGAUUAAAUCUUAAAAAAAAUGAAGUGGUAGAUGUAGUUUUUAAAAAUAGCCAACUGUGAGGGACACCUGGUCCUGUUCAGGAGUGCUCUUGUUAACACCUUGCAGAAAAGCUGCAACCCAAGGCUCUGCAAGGACCUGGGCUGACCUGGCCAUCGAGAGCCAGAGAGCUCGCAGGGAGAUGUGAGCGAUGCCAUUCUGAGCUCAGGCUGAUGGAAACACAGAUUGGAAAGAGAAACUUCCAGAUCCUGGGCGCGAGGACCCAUUCCUGAAGUUCCCCAGUUAAGCCCACUGUAAAUAAAUCAGUGCUGCGUUGUUUUGGUGAUAUCCAAAAUAAAGGCACAGCAUCAGACAGAAACGGUCUUAAUCCUACAAGAAUUUUGUAGCUGAAAAACAGCGGUUGCUAAUGAGCAGCAAGUAUGUUGGGAUGGUGCAGGACUGAGGAGGUUACUUGGUGUCAUCUUAAAUAAAGGGACAGAAAUCACUGUGAAAACAAGCAAGCUUUGGAAUACGUAGAAAAUAACAUACGCUUUCCCAAAUUUUAAAAUAUCGUGCAUUGUAUAGUAAAACUAAGUGUGUAUAUAUAUGUGUGUUGCAAAGCAUUUUUAUUCUAGAAUUAUUUUUUUUCCCCAUUAUUUUUUAUUUUACUUUUUUAUGAGGCAACGCGUACGGCAAAAAUGGUUUCGUUUUGUGUGACGGGAAAGGCUGUCAAGAAAGAGACAAAAUAAAAUGGAAACGUU